GCCCAGUAUGGCGGCCCCUGCCCUAGGCAGUGCAAUCCUUGUGUGGCUGAGCGAGGAGGACCUGAGCUGCAUUAUCUGCCGAGAGUUGCUGGACUGGCCCACCACGCUGCCCUGCGGCCACAGCUUCUGCUACCGGUGCCUCGAUGACUUGUGGGUCAAGCAGCGCGCCGGCGUGGGUGGCCGCCCGUGGGUCUGCCCCACCUGCCGGGAGGCCCUGGAGGCGAAGCCCACGCUGCGCAAGAACCCGCUGCUGCAGGACCUGGCGGACAAGUACCGCCAAGCGGCGCUCGAGGCUGGCCCCGAAACCGCUCUCGCGCCCGCGCCCGCGCCCGCGCCCAUUCCGCCGCGUCGCCCCACGCAGCCGCCGGUGACAGUACAGAAAAGCGCCACGAAAGAAGUCAUCCAGAAGCUGACAGAACUGGUGCGACAGCUUGUGGAUGUUGUCAAGAGCCUUCCAACGCAAAGUCCUCUGUCGGGAUCCGGACCGGACAAUGAACGAGGCAUCCUGGGCAUGGCUUCUUCCUCUGAGAAGGAACAUUCCUUGAGUUCUCUGAAGGCAGUAGCAUCCAGUGCAUCCGAGAGGAAAAUUCGAGAGAUUCUCCAUAAUUUACAAGAGAUUCAAGAAAAACUGCAAGGCGGAGUCACAUGGGAAGAAGCUCCUAGAGAACAAGUUCCAGAAAUGCCAUCUUCUUCCUUAUGUCUGCCGCCUGUCCAAAGAUGUCCUGUACCCAGGAAAGGGUCUCAGUUUGCCCUACGGGCCAUCAGUCCAACCUUUGACCUGAGGAGCCUCUCCUGUAUCCUGGAGGUUUCCAACAGUUGCCGGACAGUGACUGUGUCGCGUUGUCCACAGCCCUAUUCUUGGAGUCCGGAGAGAUUUUUAAUUAGCCAAGUCUUAUGUUCCCAGGCCCUCUCUUCUGGCCAGAAUUACUGGGAAGUGGACACUAGGAACUGCAACCACUGGGCUGUUGGGGUGGCUUCGUGGGGCAUGAAGAGGGACCAGAUGCUGGGAAGGACUAUGGACUCUUGGUGCAUAGAGUGGAAAGGGCCUGGCCAGUUCUCUGCUUGGGCUAUGGUGAAGAAAACCGACCUUCACUUAGGCCGCCCUGAGGUUGUGGGUGUGUGGCUGGACCUUGAGCUGGGGAAGCUGGCCUUCUACUCAGUCUCAGGUCAGGAGAGGCUUCUGUAUGAGUGUGAGGUCUCUGCCUCCUCCCCUCUGCAUCCUGCCUUCUGGCUGUAUGGUUUAAGUCCUGGAAACUACCUGGAAAUAAAGCAGGUAAACUCAUGAAGCUUCCCCUGGGGUUAGAACAUGGGCUUCCUAGUCUCUCUGUUUAGAGGAAACUAGAGCUAGGAAACUUGAGGAAACUGGAUAUGGUAGUACAUGUCUGUAACCCUAGCACAUGGGAAGCAGAGGCAGGAGGAUCACUGCAAGUUUGAGGCUAACCUGGUCAGCAAAAUCAAGGCUAGCUUGGACUACAUGGUAUGGCUCCACCCACUUUUGAAGUUAUUCAUUUUUGUGUGGGAUAAGAUUAACUAAAUGGGUUUGUGCUCUUUGAACCUUGGGCAUUUAAGAGAAAGAGCUGGCCUGGCCUUUCUCCUGAAGGUGACCUCUAAGGCCUUAGAAUAGCUUGCCUAAUAACAGGGACUUUGAAUAAUUCUUCAUCACUUAGGACUCAUCUGGGACUGACUGUAGGUUCAGUCACCCUGUGGUCAACGAGUCAUGCUUACACGACUGACCCACCCCUAAUUAAAAGCCCAGCCCCACAGUAUAGCUGGGUAAACCCCACUCACUAGCUAGCAUACACUAGAUAUGUCCCCAAGUACCACUGUUGGGAGGAUAGAGCACUGUCCAAUGACUUGUGAGAGGGAGCCUUCCUGGACCCUACCUUGUGUGCCUUUGCUAUUGUUUCUGUUAUUCUGUGGCCUUUCAGUGUAGUAAACCGAAAUCAUGAGUAUCACUGCUGUGCUGAGUUCAGUUUGUUUCUGUAGUGAUAUUGGAAGCAGACCAUUAAGGACACACAAAAAAAGGGCUAUAUGUUACUUAGCAAUUGCUGUGUAAUAAUUGUUCCAUGAAUUAGUGCUUUAAAAUAACACACAGGCUGCAGUGUAGCUUAGUGGUAGAGCCUUUACUCUGCACACACAAAGCCCUAAGUUCUGUCCUCAGCCUUUCUUGGUACCAGAACCAGGACUUGAUGGUGGAUUUGAACUUAAUGAUGGCUGUUACCCAGUGCAAUCACCUUGAAAAUUUUUUAAUUUGUUUUGUUUUUGUUUUGGGAGUUUUGUUUGUUUAUUUGAGACAGAGUCUCUAUAUGUAGCCCUGACUGUUCUGGAACUCACUCUGUAGACCAGGCUGGCCUCAGAACUCAGAGAGAUCUACCUGUCUCUGCCUCUUGAGCACUGGGAUUAAAGGUGUGCAGCAUCACCCCCUGACUUCUUCAAUAUUUAUUAUCAGGUUCUCUUGAAAUCUCCAUAGUAACCAACUAUGGAUGAAAAAUACUUAGAAAACAGCCAGGCAUGGUGGAGCAGACCUUUAAUCCCAGCAGGCAGAGGCAGGCAGGUCUCUGUGAGUUUGAGGCCAGCCUGGUCUACAGAGCAAGUUCUAGGACAGCCAGGACUGUUACACAGAGAAACUUUGUCUCAAAAAACAAUGACAAAAAACCUUUAGAAUAAAUCAUAACUGUACUGAC